GGAGAGAGGGUGCCCAGCGCUUCAAGGAGCCUUCCUCCGGGUACCGCCCAGUCUGCGCUCCCUCCCCAUUGCAGCGUCGGACUAAGCCGGAAACAUGGCUGAAAAAUCCCCAGCAAAGGCGGCGGGUGGCCAGAAAAAAGCACGAGGCAAAAAAAGACAAAAACAAGUUAUUCCUGUUGCUGAAGAGGAGGAGCCAGUGAAUAUGGAGAGUAUGGGUCACCCAGAAAUUUAUCCACUAGUAUUAACUACCAAGACCCAGGAAAUAUUCAACUGCCGAAUUGAUGAAGAUGUCACAGAAGAACAGUGCUAUAAGCUUAUUAAAAAGGAAGAUAUUUUGGAGGACUUCAGAAACAGAGCUGCAGUAUCUGAUUUCUACCCAGUCAAAAAACUUGUCCGGGAGUAUCCAGGAGAUGAGAUUCUGCUCGUAUAUGACAAAGAUUUCAAAUAUGGACUCAACUUUUAUAUUAUUGGAACUGAAGAGGGCAAGGAAAACUACUUAAAUCCUCCCGAAGCCCAGGAGGAGCAGGAGGAGGCCAAAGAAGCUGUCUCUGAGGACAUGUACACUUACAAGCCUCCCGUCUCUAAGCCGUGGGUUUCUCUGGGCAGUGAGAAGGAGAUUGAAGAAGAAUCCGUUAAACAGUCUACAAAGCAGGUGACCUACAUGAUUUCUCGGAAGCGAAGUAAAUUUGGCGCACCAAUUCUAUUCAGUGACCGGAAUGCUUCCAGUGUAAGGGACUCCUACAUCGAAUGCACAUCCUACCCCGAUAAAAACUUCACCCUGACGCAGCUUGAGCAAGACGUUGGCACACAAGUUAUCCCUGAAAUCAAGGGCGUAAGCACUCAGACAAAAUGGGCAUUUCCUAAAAAUGCUUCCACACAAUAUUAUCCAAGAGAAUUCUCAGAAAAGGAGAAAGGAAAGCUGGCACAAUCAAAGGAGUUGGCUGACUUUCUCAACAGUGUUUCCACAAGCGUCGAAAUAGCCCUGCAGCAAAAUGAAAUCAUGAACACGUUUGUGGAUGACUGGAAGGGCCUGGCAGAAGAAGAAGGCACUUUUGGGGACAAGAGUGACACCCACUUGAAAGAGUACCAGUCAUUUACCGACCUCCAUUCCCCCAUGGAGAAAAUGAUCACCUGCAUUGCGUGGCAUCCCACGAUCUACGGACUGAUAAUCGUGUCGGUGGCUGUACGUCUCUCCUAUGAAGAGAGAGUUCAUUUUUCUGGUAAAUUAUUGCUACAACCAUCACUGAUUCUUUUCUGGAGUUUCGCGGAUCCCAUACAUCCUCAGUUGAUGCUGGAGAGCCCUGAUGAUAUCUUCUGCUUCGCGUUCUGUCCGAGUGACCCCAAUAUCAUUGCUGGAGGCUGUAUAAAUGGACAGAUUGUCCUGUGGGAUAUCACUGCACAUGCAGACCGCAUAGAAAACAUUAAGGCAGGUGGUGGUCGAAGUAAAAAGGCCACUCUCAAGCCUAUGUUUCUCCUUGAACCAGAGAGUAAUAAAGAAGCAAUGUAUAUCAGACAUUGUGCAGUUUCUUCAAUAGAAAGUGGACAUAAGAAAGUAAUCACGGACAUUCACUGGCUAUCUGACACUUUUGAGAUUAACCGGAUGGGCUCUGUCUUUGAGAACCGGAAUGGAAUAUGCUGUCAGCUUGUGACGUGCUCAGCAGACUGCACAAUAUGUUUCUGGGACAUUAGACCACAGAAAACUGCAAUAACCCAGCCAACAGAGAAAAAGAAAGAAGAAACUAUUGAAAUUCCUUUUGAUGUACCACCUACUUUUUUGCAUCUAGAUCUCUCCUGGAAACCUCUCUCCAAGAUAAGGCUGUCUAAGGGCGAAACAAGCUUAGACCACUGCCCAACCAAGCUAAGCCUGAAUGAAGAACACGUUAUUUUCAAAACACAAGACAAAAUGUUAGGCCAGGACAAGGCAGUGAAGAGCACAGAAACAAAUCCAUACCACGAUCUGGAAGCGGGGAUGUCCAAUAUCCUUAAGCCAAUAGAUGACUUCUGCACAAAGUUCUUCGUGGGAACAGAGGAAGGUGAAGUGAUAUACACAGAUUGGAAGAUGGAGAGAGAUCCUGAGACUGGCCGGUUUGUGUCCAAGAAGCCAGUGAAUCUCUACACUGUCCACGACGGAGCCAUCCACACUGUCCAGAGGUCACCUUUCUACAAGGACAUCGUCCUCACCAUUGGGGGUUGGAAUGUGGCCAUCUGGAAGGAAGAUGUGAUGACUGGACCACUCCUUCAGACAUGCUGUGCACCGAAAAGGUAUACCUCAGGGCACUGGUCCCUGACAAGACCUGGCGUUUUCUAUAUUGGUCGAGAAGAUGGAUACAUCGAUAUCUGGGACCUUCUGGAGAAAACCCACGAGCCAGCCCAGUCACAGAACAUUUGCAUCACCAUGAUUACCUACAUCAAGCCCUGGACCUAUUCCCCUAAGCAGCAGUUUAUAGCCAUAGCUGAUUACUAUGGAACACUGCAUAUAUUAGAGAUUCCUUGGACACUGAGUCACCCUUCCCUGAAUGAGCUCUCAAGUGUGCACUACUACUUUGAAAGAGAGGUCAAGCAUCUGGAGUACGUGCAGCAGCGCAGAAUUAUCCGUGAUCAGGAAAAGAAAGAAAUGGAACGUGAGCUGGAGAGGAAAAAAGCUAAAGUAUAUAUUAAGACAAAAGAGCAAAUGGAGGCUGAACUGAGGAUGGAGUAUGAGAAUUACCUGGAACUAGAAAAGUCUGUCCUCUACAGCCUGGGCCUAGGCAAAGUCUCCGAGAAGACUUCAUACAUGGAUGUGUUGUAGGGAAGAAUUCUCAAGGAGGGCUUGGGGCCCCUGCUGGUCCUUCUCUGUAAUUCAUUAUGUUUCCUGUAAGGUAAAGCAGGAAAGCUUGUCACUGGGGGACUCUGCUGGGCUCUCUUUACUCAUAUGUUUCAUGUAAGCCGAAGU